UUUAUUGAAAACCCUAAAAUAAUGUAGGAACCUUGAACGCGAAAAUGCCGUUACAACUCACUAUUCCCAAUUUCCCCCCACCCCCACUUGUUCACAUUCUUUCGUCUCCAUUAAGAAGCUUCAAAGCAGAGUUCACAAAGCCCUCUCAAUUCCCCAAUCUUCUCUACCUUCUAUAAUUCGACUCUGAUCAUCUUCCAAGUCUGGUUUUGACGGAUUUUAGUUUAUUCAAUCAAAGGGGCUUUGGGUGUUGAAAUCUAAGGUCAGCAAUGGAGGACGAAAAGAAGAAGAAGAAAAACAAGAAAAAGAAGAACAAGCAGAGUAAAACAACAGGUGAUGUCACUGAUGGCAUUGGAGAAUCAGCUAAUGCAGAUCAGAGUCAUGCCAUUGAGCAGAAUCAUCACAAUGGUACUGAAGGAGCUAACUUGGAAGAAAUGAUAAAAAAAUUGCAAAAAGAAAAUGAUAACUGCAUACAGAAAGAGGAUAAAACAUCGGUUCAACUGUAUAAAUUACAUGCUGGCAUUGAAGAGGCAAUUGAAAAAUUACAAAAUGAAAAUGAGGCACACAUACUGGAGGAGGCUAGAUUGGAAGAGACAAUCAAAAAAUUGGAAAAAGAAAAUGAUACACACAUGCAGAAAGAGGCUUUUUUGGAGAUGAAACUUUUGCAAUUACAGAGUGAGAAAGAUUCCUGGCUUCAGAAAGAGGUUGGUUUUGAGGAGAAAAUUAAUCAGUUGAUGGACGAAACAUCUACUUUGAGUUUGAAAAGGGUGAGCUUAGAGGAAAAAAUCAAGCAAUUGGAGGGAGAGAUAGAUUAUUGGUUCCAAAAGGAGAAUUCAACCGAAGAAACAAUUGCUAAGCUGAAUGGCGAUAACACAAGGCUGCAAGCACAGGUGAUGGAGUCGGAAGAAUCCAGAAACAAUCUCUUACAAGAAAACCAGUGGUUGACAGAGAGCAUGUCUGGUAUGAAAUUCCGGAUCCAGAAUCUUGAGACUGCUUCUACUCGGACAUCAACUGUGAUGACAAUGCAUGCUUCUGAAAGUGAGGACAUGAAUGUUCAGACAAAAGCAGCACAGCCACUUGUUGAGAAUUUGGUUGCCAAAAAUUCAGAGCUUGUUGAGAAGGUGAUAAACUAUUCCUUUCAGAUUUUGAAUAUAAUAAAAUUUAAAAAGAAAAUCUCCAAAGACGGUGUGCCAUGACUGUUACAUGUUCUA